GCCGUAGUCCGCAGUCACAAUUCGGUCGUUCGACGGUGCAGAUGUUGGUGCUUCCGUCGCGUUUGCGUCGCACGCAAUCUCCUGCGGCUCUACCGGAAGUACACCGCGCCUUCGGCCCGUAAAACUUCGAUCCCGUCGCGGAGGCCGCCUAGCCGUCGCCGCUUUCGUGUUCCGCUGUGCUCCGCUGGCACGUCGUCGCUCUCUCGCUGCUAGCGUGCCGGUGGUUGUUGUUCCCGGAAGAGAGACAGAGGGAGGGACGGAGAGAGCGAGAGAGUGAGAGAGAGAGAGAGAGAGCGAGAGAGAGAGAGAGAGAGAACGGCGAGUCUCGACGCUCGAGAGCCCGGACGAUCGAACGCCGUCGCGACGAGGAACUCCAGCGUCGGCGAGCGUCGGGAGGACGUCGCUCGAGGAAGCCCCGGGCUCGCGCGAGUUCGCUCUCUUCCGCGAGCGCAGACGAGAGCGCGGCUUUAAGCUACGCUCGGCGAUACCGGCUCGGCGCCUGUAUUAAAGAGAGAUAUGCCCGAAGCGAGGACGGUUCGCGUCGGCUGACAGCGGUCGUCGCUAGCGGCUCGACGGUGCGGACCGACGAUCGAGAGAGAGAGAGAGAGGGGGGGAGAGAGAGAGAGAGAGAGAAGGGAAAAACGGAGCAGCUCCAGCUGAGCCGCCUGGUGUCCUGGUGAGAUCGUGUAAAGGGAUGCGAAGCUGCCGGGCGGGUCUCGUCGCGAAGAACGUCGGCCGACGACGAGAGACGACGGCGAGGCGCCGCGGUCAGCCGCGCAAGAUGUAGCUUGGCAACGCGGUGCGAGCACCUUCGUCGCGAACGGUAGGCGACGAGACCGGUUUCGUCGGAGCUGCCCCAGGCCCGUCCGUCCGUCCGUCCGUUGUCCGUCGACUCGCUCGUGCAGCGUUCGAGCUGUUGUCGGUGAACUUUCUUGUGUUGUGGUGUUGAACGUCGUCGUCGAGGAGUACAGUGCCGCCGCCGCCGUCGCCGCCGUCGCUGCCCCGGAAGGGCGACCCUCGCCUACUGCGCUUGACUCUCGGAGCCGGUGCGAUGUGCCAGUGAAAGCCCGUGCUGUGUGUGCGCGGCCGCGUCGCAGCCGACGACGAAUCUCGUUCCCCAGGAGUGCGCCAGGAUGAUGACGAAAGGCUGUCGUCUGCCGGACGCGUUCGACUAGUCGUCACAGUGGAGUUCUGCUUAAUCGCAGCCUCGGGAGGGGGUGGUUCGAUGUUGGUCCCUCCCGUGGCCCAAAGUGCGACCGGGGACCGUCCCGUGGGGGACACGGUGGCACGGGCCCAGCAGACGACCGGCCCUGCCGCUACGACGACCCUAUGGCCUUUAGCACCUGCGCAGCCCAAUCAGGUUCCCAAUCAGCAGACCCAGGCCAUACCGUCCCUGGCCGCUACGCCUGCGCCCGCUCACAAUCAAGGUGCGAAUCGCUACGGACUGUACUCGUUAUUCCCGGGGGGUGGCGGGGGCAGUUACGUCGCCGCCACCCCCGCCACCUCCGGACCACCGACGCCAGCGCGGGCUUAUCACGCGACGACUCACAAGGAACGCACAGUUUCAGAGAGUGUGUUUUCCGCGGCGGUGGGGGUCGGGGUAGGCGGCUACACCUGGGGCGCUCCCACGCCGCCGCCGGGGUCUCCCUACAGCCCGGUGCCCGUGACGCAGCUGGAGCUGCUGGCGAAGAAUUUGGCGAACCUGGCGCCCGCGGGCCAGCAGGCCCUGAGUCUGCAGGGUGUCGGCGUCAACGUGGGUAGCCUGCAUCACGCGCAGCACACGCAGCACACGCAGCACACCCUCAACCUCACCGGGCUUCACCAUCUGCAUCAUGGUGGCCUCCACCAGAACGCCUUCUCGCCCCAGCUGUCCCUGGUGACCGGCAGCGCGCCGACGCUCACCAUCAACAGUUUCUCGUCGCCCAACUCGACCAACGGCGUCGCGCCUACGACCGGCGUACUUCUGCAGGAGUACCAGCCGCCGACGGGGACGGCGGGAUGCACCGUCACCGUCAACGGGCCCUCCGGCCUCACCAGCAGCAGCAGCAGCAGCAGCAGCAGCAUGAUGGUACACGGCGGCGGCCAGACCGUCCAGGCCACCGCCAAGAAGCGGGAGGCCUUCCUUCCAAGCCAAGGCCAGCCGGUGAAGCUGGAGAACAAGUCGACGAGGACGUCGUGUCUCUGCAGGAACAGCAACGGGAAGACAAAGGUAGUGCACUCGGACGUGGGGUGCAGCAGGACGCUACCUGUCGCGUCGUCCUGGCACGGGCAGGACGGCGCUGGUGCUAACAAUAGCGGUGCUAGCCUGGUGAAGAGGGAACCCUUGGCCUCGGUUCCCUGUCAAGUCGCCGAGGUCUCCACGUCCCUUCACGCCACCACCACCUCCGUCAAGAUCGAGCCCGUCCCGCCCAAGCCCGAGAACGGGAUCGUGGUCUCCAACGCGGGAGCCGCUGGCAUACCGGUCGGCAUCGCCGUGGCGAGGCAGCGAUUGCAGCAUCAGGAGACUUCGACGUCUAUGCGCAAUGUGUCUUUAAGUCAUCACACGUCGCAUCACGCGAGCUAUCAUCAUUUCCAGCCGGACAGCCUAGGUUCCAGCACGGCCAUGGCGGUAGGCGGCACCACCCUGGUGCACUGCGGAGGACCUGGAGGGGAGGAUCGUGCGGCCCACCUCACCAUUCCCUCCGGGGCGCUCGCGCCCUCGCUGAACCUGAAUUCCAGUCUGAAUUCCAGCCUGAAUUCCACCCUGGGCAACAUCGGCACUCCGGCGACCGACACGGCCGCUACGUGGCCGCCUACCUUGUGGCAGUAUCCGGCUACGGCGGCCGCAGCGAUGCCGACGGAGCCGCUGAACUUCCCGCAGAUGGGCGUCGGUCUCCAGGGCGGGCUGCAGCUCGUCCGCGACCCGGCCAGCGGUCACCUCCUCCUGAUUCACGCAGCGGAACAAAUGCAGCAAGCGGUGGUGUGGCCGAAUUACGCCAGUCACGGCGGUAACGUUGCGCCACCGCCGCUCUUCCUGCCGCCGGCACCGCCGUCGAUCCAGGUGCUCGGCGACAUCGGCGGCGCGAGGUUGGUGCUCGCCGAGAACAAGAGGAAGCCGCCGCUACCGAUCGUCAAGAUCGAGGCGGACUGCAGCAGCAGCCCGACCACCAUAAUCAGCACGUCCACGGAGUCGACCAAGGCGUUGCAGGCCGUGACGUCCGUGACGGGCGCGCUGGUACCGGAGGCACCCUUGGUCACCACCCUGCACUACUACCCGCACGCGCCCGCCCUGGUGCAGAUCAGUCAACCCGAGCCUACGCAUUGCAGGUCGCAGGCCACGUCGCCGGUCUCGUGCCUGACCCCUCCGCCGGAAGUGCCGACGAUUCACGCGAUCGAGCCGCCGUCGUACGGCGUGCAGGACGCCUCGAAUCAGACCGACACCCCGGAGGACGCCGAGGAACAGCCCCCGAUCGUGAAGCAGGAGCAGAAUCUGAGUCCUUGCCAGGUCGCGCAGUCGGGCGCGAACAUGACCACCGCGAACUUCGAGAUCGUGGCGUCGCCGGAGAGGAUCUGCAACGUGGUAAGGAUCACGACGACCACAACCACGGUGAAUCCGAUCUGCGGCAUCGUCACCAAGGUGGACAAGGCGGAGAACACAAUCAUCAACAUGGCCGACUGCGCCAAGUACUCGGCCAAGGACUGCAGGAACGUCAACAAGACGAUCGAGCACGAGAGGGUCGACGAGGAGGCCGGCAAAGAGGACAAGGUGGUUUGCAGAGAGGGCAGGAUCGGCGCCAGGAUCAUCGAGAUCACCGAGGAGAACUGUGAUAGUUUCCACGAGAACCUCGAGUUCUUCGCGAGGAGGAGAGACGUCGGCGCGGACCAGCGCGACCGUCGCGACAGUUACUCGUCGAAGGACGACGAGAACGUCGGGAAGGACGUCGGUGUUCAGGACAAGGCGGAGAUCAAGGACAUUCCGGAGAGCGUCGAAGGCCAGCGUCAAACGAAUCAGGCUAGGAGCGCGGAGCCGCGGAUCUUCGACGAGCAGAAGCCGAACGUCGACUCGACGGAGCCGUCGAGCGCCAAUUGCGAGAGCUGCGACAAGAACCGGGUCGCCGCCUGCUCGGUCGGCGAGGCUCGGCCUCACAUCACGGUCAAGUCCUUCGACAUGCCCAACAUCGACUGCGACGAGCAAGAGGCGCACGAGCAAGUGGUCAUCAAGCAGGAGGCCGACGACAGCUGCUACGAGGUUUGCUACGAGUCCCAGUGCGAGCCGACGUCCACCAGCGAGAGACUCCGGCCGCAGGAAGCGGCCAAGCGGCACUCGCUGGAGAAGUCUCACCCGGGCAUCGAGAACGUUGUAGAGAAGCUGAAGAAGAACGCGGCGGCUCUGCAGGAAGCCACGCCGCCGACUCUGAAGGCCGACGAGUCCGCGGAACGGUCGACGGACAACGUAAAGUCGCGGAGGCACUCGGAGACGAUCCCGAAGAAGCUGCACAUCCUGCGGUCGUGCGCGAGCUCCUUGGAGGCCGUCGACGCUGAGGUGUCCUCCUCGCAGAUAUCAUCGGACCAGUGCCCUCAAGCCCGGUCAGGACGAUAUUCGCCUCAGAUGGAGGACGACAAGCACUCGUUGGCCAGCAAGUGCGACUCAUCCAAGGAGUGCUUGCUCAGCGAUAACAACAACGACAGCCGGAGCAGUAACAACAACAUCAAGGCGCUCGCGGAUAAGAGACUGCUCGUCAAGAGCGAGAAGACCCUCUUCGAUAUGACCGGUCAUAUCAAGCCUAAGACUAUCUGGAGCUGCGAGAUGACGGUCGUAGAGCAGCACCACCCGACUCGCAAGCCCGACCACGUCUCCGAGGACGCGCCUACCGAGGCGAGGUCCCGAGUGACCAAGCAAAAACCGACCGUCGAUGUGAGCGGGCUCGAGCUCUUGUCGAACAGCAUCGAGCAGCUGGAGCUGGGAAUCGGUCAGCUCAAACAGCCGCAGCUGGACGCGAGCGUGGACGAGCUGCCGGUCAAGAGCAAGCCGCUGGGCCAGCAGAGCGAGAGCAACAACAAUAAUAGCAACAACAAUAACAACAAAGUCAACAAUCCGCUCGUGCUGCUCUGCGCGCUCGCCGAACAGAAGUUACAGAAUAUGGAGGAGGUGAGCGACGAGGUAUCCGAGAAGCUGAGUUUAGAGAGUUCGGAGGAGAUCUCGCACGCCGGCAGGCUGCUGCUGAAUCUAGGCAGAGCCGCUCACCUCGAGAAGGACUGCAAGAGGAAGUAUCCUGAGACCGACGACCACCAUUCCAAGCGAUUCAAGUUCGACGAUCACAAGGACGAGGAGAAGGAGGAAGUUGACAAAAGAACAUCAACCUCGGGCUACUACGAGGAAGAUGCGGCAAACGGAACGAUCGGAGCAGCCGACAGGCUGCAGGAAGAGGCUCUUUUGAAGCUGGAGGAGAAUACCCAAGAGGUUGUCAACUUUGCAACGGAGGACACUGAUAACGACGUCGAAGAAGAAGAGGAGGAAGAGGAGGAAGAAGAGGAGGAAGAGGAGGAAGCUUCCGGUGCGAUAAGGGGGCCUCUCCACGGGGACAUGCAAAGUUGUUACGCUACCAAACCUGACCCGGAAGACGAAGGUCUUCAAGCGAUCUCAUGCGACAGCGAGAGGUCGCGAGGAUACGACGAGAGGAACGUCGCAGAGGACAAGUCGCCGGAGGAUGCGAACGACGAGGUAUUCGAGGAGAACAGCCUUUCUGAGCAAUUAUGCACCAACAACGAAGCGAAGAGCAAGAGACGGGCGUCUGGCGAAGAGAAGGACUACAAGAAUACACGCGCCAAGCUGGAGGCGAAGAAGUUCGCGGGCAGGAAGGACAAUCGUGGCGACAACGACAACGACUGGCCGAACAUGAACGCCAUGGAGCUGGACAUGAGGGUGAAGAUGGCCAGCUUGCAGAGGCAAUACAGGGAGAAGCAGCUGGAACUGUCCAAACUGAUUCCCAAGAAAGAGGACAAGAAGUGUCCCGGCAGACCGCGCAAGAAGAGCCACUCCUCCAGUUCCGAGCAAGGUGCACUGUCGUCGCCGCCCGCGCUGGAUAUCUUCAAUUCUCCGGAAAUGUCACCGCCGAGGCCACCACCUAACUCACCCAACGACGCGCCCCCGCCCUUAGCCUCGGCCGUGCUGGCCAUGCCGAGGUGCAACGUGAACCUCGUGAAGCUCGGCGAGCCCCGAAGCCACAUCAAGCUUUUGGACAGCAUACCCAGCAUCUCGCUGUCGGUGCCGCCGGUGGCGUCUUCGCCGGUCACGGUCUCCUCGGUCAUCAAGCCGGAGGACGACGACAAGAUCACGGGCAGGUUGGGCUACGAGACGUCGUCGCCGGCGCCUACCAUCGCGAGCUCGAGCUCCGCGUCCAAGAAGAGGAAGGUGGGUCGGCCGAAGAAGUUUAUGUGCAGCUCGGGCGGCACGAGACACUUGACGGAAACGAUCGUCGCGAAGAAGCCCAAGAGCAAGAGCUCGCUGGUGGGCUACGUGCUGUCGUCGAAGAACAGACACCUGCAGACGAAGCAGUACAUCAGCAAGACCGGCUACACGCCGUUGCCGUUCAAGUCCGGCCUGAUACCGCUCAAGUCGCAGUCCAAGGCGCAGAAGAUCGCGAAAACGCGCACGAGGCAAGCGGCGAAGCCGGCCAAGCAGACUCCCUUGCACAACAAGAGCGUCAUCAGCUCCAUCAUCGCGGAGAAGGCGAAGCUGAGCCAAGAGGUCAAGCUCGAGAAGAACAGCGUCGUGAAGGUGAAGCCGAAACUCAGGGCGGAGGUGGUGCUGAGGAAAUGGGAGGACGACGAGACGGACACGACGUUGCCUAAGGAGCCCGUCGUCGAAGGAACAACCAUCCAGGCGUUAGCGGACUCGUCGUCGAAGAGGGAGCUCCGGCACGAGAGGUCGAAGAAGAAGAGGCGAAAGUCCAGCGCGUCCUCGUCGACCAAUCAUGACAGGAAGAAAUCGAAGCGACGCAUCACGAUCGACUGCCAGACCUGCUGCUUGGAAGACACGGCGCUGAAUCCGUGCAAACUGACGGCUACGCAUCUGGCCACCGACCAGCUGCGGGUUCUUCAGAUGAGAGGCGGCCUGUUCUACGCGGGUAGACUCAGCGCAGUGCAGCCACCCGACGUUUACUCCAUCACGUUAGACGGCGAGCGCGGAAACAAGCCGCAGUUCUACUCUACCGAGCAGAUCCUGAAGGACACGAUCGUAGAGGUGUUCCCGAGCUCGACCAAGGAGCUGAGCCCCGGCACGCGACUGUGCGCGUACUGGAGCGAGCAGUACAGAUGCUUAUACCCGGGGACCGCCGUGGAGCCGAUAGAACCCAACACUGACCACGACGACAAGUACGUAAGCGUGGAAUUCGACGACGGAGACAGCGGCAGGAUCGACCUGAGCAACAUACGGCUGCUGCCUGGCGGUUACCCCGUCAUAGAAUACGACCCGAACCCGCUGCUCACGUUGGGCAAACGACGGCGUCAGAGGUCGUCGUCCGGCGAGAAGCUACGCUCGGCCUCCAGCGACCAGGUCGGAGCGACCUUGUCGAGCGACAUGGCCUUCCCCGCGGCCUACUACUCUGACCGGCAAAUGAGCGAGCCGCAGAAAGCGAGCGAGCUCGAGGCGGAGGUGUUGGACGCGUACCGCGAGAGGAAGCGCACGAAGAAGAGGAAGAGGAAGCUCAAGAGGCUGGAGGAGGGCAAGAAGAAGCACAGGAAGCACAAGUCCUCCGAGGAGCACCGCAAGCACAGACACAGGAAACACCGGAAGCACAAGCACAAGCACCACGGCAGCCACAGCGAGGCGAGCUACGUGAGCGGGGAGAGCAGCUCGGCCGAGCAGAGGAGCGAGGAGGAGGCUGCCAAGGACUUGGCGAGUACAACUACCGGGAACUACGUCAGCGAGAGAACGUCGUCCGAAGUGGUGCGCGGCAACUUGCCCCAAGUGAUAAGUCUCGAGGACCUGCUGCCAACGGAGAUGGCGUUCGUCAGACGGUCGUCCAACAGCAUGGAAACCGAGGAGCAACCGAACGAAGGCGACGAAGAGCAGAUGACCGAAGAGCCGGAGGAGCAAUCGUCGCAGAAGUACACAGAGAGCGAGAAACAGUUGUCCCCGAUGCGGCAGACUCUGAUUGAGAGAUCAUCCUUGGGGCUAAUGAGUACAGACCGGCCGUCCUUGGGGGAAACGAGUAUAGGCCGGCCAUCUUUGGGACAAACGAGUACGGACCGACCGUCCUCGGGGCAAACGAGUACAGACCGAUCGUCCUCGGGGCAAACGAGCACAGACCGAUCGUCCUCGGGGCAAACGAGCACAGACCGAUCGUCCUCGGGGCAAACGAGCACAGACCGAUCGUCCUCGGGGCAAACGAGCACAGACCGAUCGUCCUCGGGGCAAACGAGUACAGACCGAUCGUCCUCGGGGCAAACGAGUACAGACCGAUCGUCCUCGGGACAAACGAGUACAGACCGAUCGUCCUCGAGGCAAAUGAGUGUAGAACGAUCGUCCUCGGGGCAGAUGAGUAUAGAACGAACGCCCUCGGUUCACACGAGUAUAGAACAAUCGUUCUCGUUGGAUCAAUCGUCCUCGGGGGAAAAGAGCACCGGAGAAUUCUCCACGGAGGUAGAGUCUGAGAAACAGUCCUUCCAGGAGAUGGAAUCCGAGGAGCUAUCUUCGUUCCACGAGAUGGACGAGCAGUUCGACGGACAAUCGCUCCAAGAGGAGGAGGAACAACCUGAGGAGCAACCAGUGUCACAGUCACAGCUACCAGCUAUACCUCAGCGAGCAACGGUCGAAGUACAGUCGUCCCAGAAGGCGGUGGAACCCGAAGAGCAGCCGGUCGCGGACAUAGAGUCCGAGGAACCGGCGUCCACCGUGGAGUCGUCGGAAUCGUGGGAGCCCGCCUACGAGAAGCGGAAGAAGCAGAAGCGAGUGAAGAGACAAACGAAAUUGUCGCGCGAGAAGUCCGUCGAGAGCCGCAGUAAGAUGGCUCCGUUCUUACCCGAGAAACAACUAUGGAGCUGGGCGGACGACUCCUACAGACGCGUCGGGGCUAAGGGCAGGUUCAAGAAACAAUUCCACCGCGCGAUUGGUCGUAGGGACGAGACGAUCGAGGUCGGCGAAAGCGCAGUGUUCUUGUCGACCAGCAGCGCCGACAGACCUUACAUCGGUCAGAUCAUGUCCAUGUGGGAGACCUCCAACGCCAACAUGAUCGUCAAGAUCAAGUGGUACUAUCACCCCGAGGAGAGGAAGGGCUCGCCGGAAAAUCUCAAAUAUCCGGGUGGCUUGUUCGAGUCGAACCACCUGGACGAGAACGACGUGCAAACGAUCUCCCACAAGUGCGAGGUCCUGCCGCUCGAGGACUACAUCAAGAGGCUAGGCAAGGAGCCGGAUCAAACCGUCUACGAGAACAAGGAUGUCUACUAUCUGGCCGGAUCGUACGACCCCACGACAUGCCUGACCAGUCCGAAGCCCGGGGUUGUCUGAGAAAAGCUUAAGCUGACGAUUAGGUUAACCGGAGUGACUUAAUCGUGGUCAGCCAACAAUUCUGCGAAAUUUCGACAACGUGACAACCGCCGCUCCCCCAAGAGCGGCGGGUACAACGUUCUUCAUACGUCUUCCGGAGGAAGAUCAGUCUCGAGGCUUAUGCUGUAGGGACACGUAGGCGACAUGUCGCGCUUGCAUUUUGAAGCUUACGAGACGAGAGCAGCGUGUAACGGCGCGACGAGCCACUCUCUCUCGCGCGUUUCACGUGUCUCUAUUGCGAGAUUGCUAGAUCGCAGUAAUCGGAGAUCCACAAGGCACAAGCAUUACUUCAUUCGCGUGACGCUUGCUGAAGCGCCGGUCCGAGCUCGAGGACGGCGCGCGCUUUUAUCGCGCGCGGUCGCGCGUCUCCGUACAAUUAGAGACUCUCACCCUGCACAGGCUCGGGAACACGCCCUACACUUUUCACCGAUUGACAUUGACGCAUCAUUUUACCGCACAUUGUACACUUUUUACGUACGUACGAUGUUGGCAUUGGAUCGAGUGUCCCUUUUCGCGAUACCGUGUGCGAGAAGUGACCAAAUAUUCCAGAUCGGCGGGAUUAAUGUAACAAAGAUAUAGAGUAUAUAUACUUCACUUGUAUCAUAUAUAUAUAUAUAUGUGUGUGUGUGUGUGUGUGGGUGUGUAUAUAUAUAUACAUACAUGUGCACACAUGUACAUACACGUGUGUGUAUGUGUGUGUAUAUCGCUAAAAGCACGCGACAAGUUCGAGAAAGCGGCGUAGUGGAUUAACAAACUUCGUAGCCUGCAACUUUUCGACCUCGACAACAGGCAAUACUUGUGCCUUGUUUACAAAAUUCUCCCCCCUCCCCCCGGUCCGAUUAUCGUUCCAAUUUCCAGAUUCUAAUUACGCUUACGAUUCGCGCGUAGGACAGAGAAGAGAUAGACGAUGAGUAAAAGAGGGGCAGAACAAGAAAGAGAGAGGGAGAGAGAGAUAAAGAGAGAGAGAGAGAGAGAGAGAGAGAGAGAGAGAGAGAGAAAUGGAACGAUGCAAUAAUCACACCAAGUGGCAUUAAACGAGGAAGUGAUCGCGAUAAGAUUAAUAUCUGCUGUACAUACGUUGUAAAUAGGACUUCCUUAGUGUGUGUCUAAUAUUCGACUACACAACGCACACACGUAUACACGUAUACACGCAUGCACGUGCGCGUCUCGUUGCGCGACGAGUCGCAUCGCAAAAGCGCUGGGGCUCGAGUUUAUACAGCUUAAGUCUUAAGUAAGUUAAUGGCCUGAUUGUAGUGAUGUUUCAAUGUUCGCGCGAUGACAAACAAAACGCAGAGAAGAGCGAAAAGAGCGAGCGAGCGAGCAAGAGAGAAAGAGAAAGAGAAAGGGAGAGGGAGAGAGUAUACUAUUUUCAUGUUCGGAUAAUCCAUUUUCUAACUAUUAUUAACGUACACGCAGUCGAUAAACGAUAACGUUAGCUUUAUUAGAACGAGACGAAGACGACGACGACGACGACGCCCGAGCGCGACCGACGUCGACGGAGAUUCGCGCGCUCCGAGGACUUUGCCGGAUCCUCAUCCUCGCGACGACGACGGCGUUCACUUAGCCGCGCGGUUUUACCCCCGCGUUAAUCGAUACUUCCGCGCGUUUAUGUAAUAGAGAUAUUUGCAUACCUCGCGACGCGGCCGCUACCACGGACUAUCGCGGAUGUAACGAGCGACGAACAUCUUCUAAUUCCAUUAGCGCUCGCGAGAAAAUCAAUUAUUUAAAUAACGAGACGGGCGGGCGGGCGCGCACGCGCGCGGCGGAAGCGAACGUAUUAACACCGUCGAACUAAUAUUCGCGGGGAAACGCGGCGGGACGUUUUUUUUUUCGAUGGAGCUUAACGAGGUAUCGCCGGGACGGCCAAGAAUUUCACGGCGCGUCGGGAGGUGACAGCCGCGACCGACCGCGAGCUCGCUCGUCAUCGAAGCGCACGCGGCGAGAAGACGACGAGAGGACGGACUCGGCCGACGCGACGUGACGCGCGACGUCGAUGUCGAUUCGUCAGAAUUAGAGCUUAAACAAUUUGACGCAAGCCUCGGGCCUAAGAACACAGGUCGACGUGUGUGUGUGUGUGUGUGUCUGUGCGUGUGUGUGGAUGUGUGAGUGUGCGCGUGUGCGAGAGAGAGAGAGAGAGAAAAAUGUACUUAGGGUACUUAAGACACGCUUCCUCGUGCUGUUUUGCUUGUUUCGUUGCGUCCGUUUUAGCGCAAACGCAUUAUUAAUUUGUUACUUCGUUCGCAUUAAUUCGUUAACCCCGGCAUUGAUUCGGUAUCUUGGAUGUUAAUUAAUUAUUUCGUUACUUCGGACAUUAAUUCGUUAACUCGGGCAUCGCUUCGUUAAGCUCGAGCAUCAAUUCGUUGACUCGUUCCCCUCCUCCGCCCCCCCCCGCCCCCGACGCUUCGUUUCCCGCGGCGACACUCUCGGACGGGCGUUUUCUCGAUGCGAGACGGAGUAGAAACGCGCGCGUCAUCUUUCUCCUUUUAGCGAAAGAAUCGCGAUACCGCGCGGCGAAAUCGCGCGGGGCAGUUUUCACCCCGGGUGAAUUUUCACCGCGCGUCCGUUAAGCCAUGUGAGGGAGAAUUCAUAUUCCGCCAAUCACCGGGGGGCGAAUUCUCCCAUCGGGCAAAUCCCGAGAACGUCGCCAUCUUCCCGCGGACAUGUCCCGUACGACCUUGAAGACUCCUGCCUUCAUGGCUGCUCGCCGCCGCGGCCAUGUUGGCUAGCGGCCGCGAGGGGCGAGAAAUGACGCGCUGAAGAUUCGCGCAUGCCGUUCGGCAUGCACAGUCAGUUAGUAAUUAAGAGACGACUAAUAAGUGGUCAUGCGCAUGCGCGAUCUUUCCGUUACGAUCAAACUUACAUCACGGUCACUUAACGGCUGUUGAUUGAGUUUCAUUCGACAAGAGUGCUCCUCAAAUAUUCUUUCAUGCAUGGAAGAGGAAUACGUUUGGCCGAACGAUGAGCAAUCUUCCGGUGCAACAUGGACGGAGAAAUUCCGCUUCAAAUUUCAGUCUGAUUAAUCAGACUACAGUCUGAAUGAUUAACUCAAAUGGAAGCCAGGCCUGUUAGAUCGCACUUGCCGACUCACCGAAAAAUUCGCUCAUCCGUCGAAACACUUUUUUCUCCACGCGCGAGCGUCUCUUCCCCCGGAAAAUAGCACGCAACAAUCUUCAGCCUCACUUCUCCGCUCGCGGCGAAGGAGCGCAGGAGCUUCAACGCUCAUCUCUCGUUCUCAUCCCGCGUUCCGGCCGAAGAAUCGUGCACGACAGCGAAAUCGCGAGGUCGUUACAAGUCCCAGAAGAAUCCUAGAACAUUGUCCAAACCGGCCGGCUGCGAUCACGAUCGCGCACGCGCACCGUUCACGAAGACGCGAGAAGAGCCUGAGGACUGCCGGCUGAUUCUUUCGCGUCCAGCCGCGCGCGGCAAACCCCUCGAAUUAGCUCGAAGAGAUCGCUUGUUCUUUCCUUCCUCAGCAGCCGCCCCUUCUUUUCUUCCCCUCAUUCUCGUCCUUCUCGUCCCCAACGACCGCGCCGGUUCCAUCCGCACGCGCGCGUUCACCACCCGCCAGCACCCCGCGCUCACGCAGGCUCCUGCAGCCCGCGAGAGCGUGAGUGUGCGCGCAUAAAGGACCGGCGCGGCGGGGCGGGGCGGGAGCCAGGGGAGGCUCCGGGCGAAUUGUUCGAAUGCGCGCGCUGCGCGCGUUCGGAUAGUUCGAGGCGGAAACAUAACGAGCAGCUCCCGCGCGCUCGGUCUUUGUGUCGCCAUAAUUGCUGCUGCCUGCCAUUCUCCACUUGCGCGCUUGCCAGUUAUUUCCGAGAUUAACCCCGCGCUGGAGAACACGAGCGAGUCAGCGCGGAGAGAGCACGAGUGAGAGAGGCGGUCGCGACACGGCGCGGCGCCUCGAGCGGAGUUCCUCGGCCACCUUCUCCGGCGCCGGCACUCCGGCCUUCGAUCGAGCCGGGCCCCCCCCUCCCCGUAGCUUCGAGGCUGCUCUUCCGCUCCCUCCGUGGGAGUGACUUGUCGCGCGAGCGGAAUACCGAGCGCUAUUGUGUUUCCUUUUCCGAACUGUAAUGACGACCGAUCGAUCCGCGGGGAGAAGAAUCCUCAGGACGAGGUUCCUGAGUAGCGACUGCUGGAAGAGCAACGGUGUGGCGAAUAUCGGCUGCCCGAAGCGGUCCGACUCGAUCGAAGCCCUCGAGGACGGUAGCAGAGGAAGAGAGAGAGAGAGGGAGAGUGGUGGCGUGGCAUUUCUCUCGAAUCUCCGCGUCGCUUAGGCGCGGACAACUUUUUCCGAUCGUGCGCCGCUGUACCGUAACGACGUAUACGGCGUAUUGAUCAAUUAGCCGAUCAAUUAGCGCGCACGAUCAAUGCGCGCGCUGCGAAAAUAUUACGCGGCGGACUCGGCAUGCGGAUUUCGACGGAUGCGACGGAGUCGGCGGACUCUCUGGUAGCAUGGCGAAGGUACAAAACCGAGGACACAAUAAAUGCGCGCGACGAAUGCUGACGACGACGACGACGACGACGACGACGACGACGACGACGACGACGACGACGAUUGCGAUCGUAAUGAUGCUAAUGAUGCUGGUGAUUAUGAUUAUAAUUACAGUGACGACACUGAUGAUGAUGAUGAUGAUGAUGAUAAGGUGACGAUGGAACCGAGGAUGGACGCGGAGGUACUUAUGUGUGUAGAGCGGCGCGUAUGGCUUUGUUCUUUUUGUGUAAAUAAUAUAAUAAUAAUAAUAAUGAUAUUAAUAAUGCAUAGAACGCUCCGUUGUGUAAAUAAUGCUGAGGAUGCGCGGCGGCGGGGUCUCCCGCGCGUCGCGUCGCUUUUAAAGAUAUUUUUGACGAUCAAAGCCCAAGUUGUAUAGAUGACGAUCCAUCGAUCCGAGUAGAGUUAAUUACCGUAAAAAUUACAUAUGUGUAUAAUAUAUAGUAUUUUUUCAUGAGGGCCGCAACGAGACGACGACGGCCAGUCGGACGACUUUCGGUCGUCGGGCUUUCGAAAAAAGAAAAA